AUGCCCCGAGAGCCCAUCGCGACACUAGAAUCGAACCAACCCCCAAACAACGCCAACACCCCAUCCUCCAGCUCCCAACAUGGCCCCAUUCAACACGAACCCAUCGGUCUCUACCGAGUGCAUUCUGCCGCCUCCUCCAGCAGCCGCUCCUCCUCGUCGCCCUCUUGUCGACGCGACUCGGCCGACGAUGGCGUCGAUGUCGACCGCCUCGACGAGAAGCUGCGUGGAUUGAGGCUCCGCAGUGCCAAAGGCAGUCGUCACAGCAAACUCCUCGCCUCAGCCCCUGGCCAGAGGAUCGCCGACUACGAGAACGCGCUGACUCCGCCUACCCCUAGGCAGGCGCUGGGCUUCAAGGUCGUCAAACGCUCCGCCGGAGAACCCGGAGGGACUCUCUUGACAGACAUCCCAAAUGAGAUCCUGACCACCAUCCUGUCUCAUCUGCACCCAGACUCGCACAGUGCCGUUGCACUCGUCUCCAAGCGCUUUUAUGUGCUGGCUACCACCCCGCACAUUUGGCGCUUGGCCUUUUUACGCUACUUCCCGGGCCAUGUGAGCCUCGAAGAAAAGUUCAUGAAAGCCUCUGCCGACUUUUGGUCUGAGCCGUCCUCUGACAUUGUGCGCUCCGAGACGCGCUACUUUGGUAGGCUGACUCCGCUCGCUACCUGGCGAAGCGAGUAUGUCUUCCGAACUAGACUUAUUCGAAGUCUGGGCAAAGGCAAGCCAAACACCGCUGCUGGUGCUAUCGGCUCGUCCAUGCGCGCCAGCCAGUUGGGCAAGAAGUCGAGUGCUGUGUUGACUUACAACUCGAAGCUCCCUUGGCUGAUCACCAACAUUCACGCCGUGUUCGAGAACGGCAAAAAGUCUCCGCGCGCAAUCCAGGGCUCUGGUACCGUGGGUGUGGCCACCCUGAGCGACCCUACUACUGGCAAGAUUGAAAGUUGGGGUCUCAAGGACAGCCACUCUUCUGCCCAGAUCGAAGAGGUCACGCCUGGUCUCGAACCUUAUGGUCUAGGUGACGGUCCUGCAGCCACAGACAACAGCAUGGACGUUAGUCAGCUCUACGGCGUCAUCGCCGGCGAGGGCUUCCCGGGUGGCCGUGCCUACUUCCGCAGCGUCAAUGAAAUUGCAGGUCGCUACCUCGGCUCUGAGCCGGAGGCUGAGCAGCGACGACCUGACAUUCCUCGCAUCCCGGAAAUCAUCGACGCCAUCAGUAGCGUCUGGAUUGCAAAGUCCUCUGCUGUUCCGGCCACCACUUCAGCUAUGUGCGGCAUGUUGGUUGGCUCUACUCUUGGUGUCGUCACUGCCUACUCCCUCGGAUCUGAUCCGAGCGGUCCGAGGUAUGCUUACGGCGACAUGACUGCGCGCUGGGUCCUCAGCCCUGGCGUCCCGAUUAUCUCUAUCAAGGUAGACGACAACUACGCUGUUCGCCGUCGACUCUCACGCAGAGUCUGGGCUGUGGCUUUGAACGCGCUUGGAGAGGUCUUUUUUCUUACAGAGACCCCGAAACCUGUGCCGCCCCAACAGUCUGCGGGCAAUGCUCUCGUCAAUGCCUGGCUCGCUGGACGCUCAGCCUAUUGGCACCUGGUCGAAGAAACGCGCAGAUCUACCCGCCCAGACGAGCUAGAUCUCAAUGCUAUUCGCGGCACCUAUUCGCCCAGAACCCCGUCCAAUGCCAUGGACUUGAGCGACAGCCAAAUCGCCGCCGAGGCCCGAGAAAUCGAGACGUUUAUGCGCUAUCAGCCAGACCAUUUCCUCAAUGUCUGCGAAGGCUGGGAUAUGCAACGCAAACUUGAGGUUGACUUUGCAAAUGACGAUGGCCAAGAGGCGGGUGAAGGCAUUUUUGUCAUUGACUGCGGGCGUGGCGAGAAAGCUUGCAUCACCAGGUUCUGCAGAUCAACCACUGCUCAGCGACCGUUGGCUUUUGGUGCCGUCAAAUCUGCACCGGCUAUUCCCUCGUCCCUCUUUGGUCAGGCUGGCGUACAGAGCACUCCGGAGCCGCAGUCCCCAAGAUCCCCACCGCCUACGCCUCACUCGCCAAAGGCUCUAUCUGCGCCUAUGGAUGAGUGGCGGGCUGUCUCUUUCCAGCUCAAGGGAAUCGGUAGUGACGUCAUCACCUCCAGCGCCUUGGACAACUCGGCUUUUGCUACACUUACUCUCAGCGAGGAUCCUUUGCAUACUGCCGAUGAAAGCCUCGUGCCCAAUGGCGCAGACGGCGAACGAGAGGUCCAAGAAAUUCCUGGCCGUAGAGCUCGCUUCCUCACCGUGGGUACGAGCUCUGGCGCCGUUCUUGUAUGGAAUGCCAGAGAAAUUCGACCCGAGAAGGUUCAGCCAUGUCGCGUCAUUCAAACAGAGUCGCCAUCCAUCUCCUGCGUUGCAGCUUCCGCACUGUAUCUAGUCCACGGCGGCAGCGAUGGUCUUGUUCAAGCCUGGGAUCCGCUUGCCUCAACAGCGGAGCCCAUUCGCACUCUCAACGCUCGAUCAAACGGCCGCGUCCCACGCUAUAUGAUGACUAUGAAUCCUACUCUGACUGCUGCUCACUACAAUGCUGUGGGAGCUAUUGUCCUGGACUCUGACCCAACAAUACUCCGCGGAGUGGUGUCGUUUGGUGCUUUCAUGCGCUACUGGUCGUACAGCUCCAAGGGUACCGCGCCAGGUCGUAAGAGACGUCUGCGACAUCCGGAUGCUCAAGGCCGCGCUGCGAGUCGUAGGUUUGGCAGCAAUGUCUCUGGCUACAUCCUGGAAGAAGAGGAAGAAUUGCGCUACGAAAAUGCGCACCGUGCUCGGGAGCAAUCCCGCCUGCAAAGGCGCUUUGGUGUGGGGGCACUCGGCGACCUCACUGAGCAAGAAGCGCUCGAAUACAUGCAGAUGGUCUCCGAGGAAAGCUUCUUGGCAGACGAGGUGCGCCGAGCCAGUGACUCCGCCGCCGACACUACUGGUGGAGACACGGCUUCGACGACGAGCCACAGUACCGCGGACGCGACAACGCCCGAGGCCAGCUUUAUCGAAUCUAGCCCUCUACAGCAGAAUCAGACUACCGACGACGAAGAUGAGUACGAGGAACAAAUCCAGCAAGCCAUUCGUCUGUCGCUCCUCGAAGGCGUCAAUGACCGCGGGCAGUCCCCACACCGGCGCAGCAGCGCCGACGAGUUUGAGUUUGCCAUUACCUACAAGGCCAAGGCCAAGGGUGGCAAGAAGAAGGGCGGCAGCCGACGUCAAAGCUCGUCGACAACGUCAACCCCGUCCCCGCGCGUCAUACCCAACGGCAUGGCCGACGCGGCUGGACCUUCCUCGGCCUCUGGGCAUGCAUCCGCGCACGGUACCGCUGCCGAUGUUGAUGCGGACUUGGCGUUUGCCCUCAGCCUCAGCAUGCAGGCAGAGGAGCAGCAGGCGCAGAGUGCCCGCCGUGGCAGAGAGGUGUUUUCCGAAGCGAGCCAGGACUUUCCGCCGCUGGUUGCGGGCAAGAGCACCAGCAAAGGCAAAGGCGUGACUCGAUGGUGA